AUGGUUGCUCUCCAUUGUGAUGGGUCUCUUUCAGAUGACAAGGCAGGCUUUGGGGGUCUCAUUCGUGAUGAUAGUGGGGAUCCCUUAGCUGCUUUUGUUGGCAUAGGGGACGAUCUUUCGGUGCUGUCCAUGGAGCUCAUGGCUAUUUACAGAGGAAUUUCCCUUUGCGUUGAUAAGGGCUUUUAUGAUGUCUCUAUUAGGUCGAAUUCGAAGUUGGCCGCCGAUAUUUUGAAUGGAGUGAUUAUUGGGCCUUGGCAAAUCUUAACUUUGAAAAGUAAGAUCCAUAUAAAGGCAAGGCAAAAAUCGAAAAAAAAAAACAUAAAGGCAAGGCUGCUUAGGUCUAAAGAAUUCAUUCAUGCGUGGAGAGAACAGAAUCAGCCUGCAGAUUUCAUGGCCUCCUUCCCUACUGACCCUUCUGGAAUUCUUUGGGAGCCUGAGUCCUUCCCUCCGGAGCUAGCGAUUCUCAUAAAGCAAGAUAAGGAGUUUGUAACCUAUUAUAGGAUGUAG